UUGUACACGUGAAGAAAUGAUCUCAUUUUAUGAUUCAGAGGGUAAUGUACCCUUACAUUCAGCUGUUCAUGGUGGCGAUAUUAAAGCUGUGGAAUUGUGUCUUAAAUCUGGAGCAAAAAUCUCAAAGCAACAGCAUGAUUUGUCAACACCCGUACAUCUGGCAUGUGCACAGGGUGCCAUAGAAAUUGUCAAACUUAUGUUUGCCAUGCAACCUCAGGAGAAGAAAAUCUGCUUAAGCUGUACGGAUGUUCAAAAAAUGACUCCUCUACAUUGUGCCUCCAUGUUUGAUCAUCCGGAUAUUGUUGAGUUUCUAGUGAAAGAGGGAGCCGACAUUAAUGCCUUAGAUAAAGAACAUCGCUCACCCCUUCUGUUGGCGGCCUCUCGUUCCGGCUGGAAAACCGUACAUUUACUUAUACGUUUGGGCGCUAAUAUUAGCAUUAAAGAUGGCUGUUCACGCAAUGUCUUACAUUUGGUCAUAAUGAAUGGUGGUCGUUUGCAGGAAUUUGCCGAAGAAGUUAGUAAGACUCAGUCAAAGGAACAAUUGGAACAAUUACUCAAUGAAAAAGACAAUAGCGGUUGCUCACCUCUGCACUAUGCCAGCAGAGAUGGUCAUAUACGCUCUCUAGAGAAUCUUAUACAGUUGGGCGCCUGUAUAAAUUUGAAAAAUAACAAUAAUGAAAGUCCUUUACAUUUUGCUGCUCGCUAUGGACGUUAUAAUACUGUUAAACAAUUAUUGGACUCGGAGAAGGGUUCUUUUAUUAUCAAUGAAAGUGAUGGUGAAGGUUUGACGCCAUUACACAUAGCCUCACAACAGGGUCAUACUAGAGUAGUGCAGUUAUUGUUGAAUCGUGGUGCCCUUUUGCAUCGCGAUCAUAAUGGUAGAAAUCCUUUACAAUUGGCGGCCAUGUCAGGCUAUACGGAGACCAUAGAAUUAUUGCAUUCCGUGCAUUCACAUUUAUUGGAUCAAGUCGAUAAGGAUGGGAAUACCGCCCUACAUUUAGCCACAAUGGAUAAUAAACCACAUGCGAUUUCCGUCUUACUAUCAAUGGGCUGUAAAUUACUAUAUAAUCACUUGGAUCUUAGUGCAAUUGAUUAUGCCAUUUACUAUAAAUAUCCUGAAGCUGCUUUAGCCAUGGUUACACACGAGGAAAGAGCCAAUGAAGUUAUGGCCUUAAAAUCUGACAAACAUCCUUGUGUGACCUUGGCUCUGAUUGCCGCCAUGCCAAAGGUUUUUGAAGCUGUUCAGGAUAAAUGUAUUACAAAGGCGAAUUGUAAAAAAGAUUCAAAAAGUUUUUAUAUAAAAUAUUCAUUUUAUCCACUACAACUAUCGCCCGAACAACUUGAAGCAAAACGCAUACAAAACAAUGAUCCAACAUGGCGGGAACCACCAUUGGCUGUGGUUAAUACAAUGGUUAAUCAUGGUCGUGUUGAAUUAUUGGCUCAUCCUUUAAGUCAGAAAUAUUUACAAAUGAAAUGGAAUUCUUAUGGAAAAUAUUUUCACCUGGCAAAUCUUUUAAUCUAUUCAAUAUUCCUGUUAUUUGUCACCAUUUAUUCGUCGCUCAUGAUGAAUGGCAUCAAGGUACAGAAUCGUUGGCUGACCGCUAAUUUAAGUAAUAUAAGAAAUGGCUCCGAUUUUAUUGAUUGCACUUUAAGCUCGAAUCUGCGUUUGUUAAACUACACCUCUAGUUUAGAAUGUUACGAGAGUAUUGAACAGUCUAGGGCCAUUAUAGUUUGUGCAGUGGCUAUUAUUAUUUAUAUCACUACGCUUUCACUGCGUGAGCUUAUUCAAAUGUAUCAGCAACGUUUACAUUAUAUUUUGGAAAUUGAUAAUUUCAUUUCGUGGGUUCUAUACAUAUCAACAUUAAUAAUGGUUAUACCGGUUUUCAAAGCGGACGGUGGUAUUACGAAUGUUCAUUAUUCGGCCGCAUCCAUAUCAGUGUUUCUAUCAUGGUUUCGUUUGUUGUUAUUCUUACAGAGAUUUGAUCAGGUUGGCAUUUAUGUGGUCAUGUUUUUGGAAAUUUUACAAACAUUGAUCAAAGUCCUGUUGGUAUUCUCAAUAUUAAUAAUUGCCUUUGGUUUGGCAUUUUAUAUACUCCUUUCAAAGAUCAUAGAUCCUCAACCAAACCAUUUGAGCUUUUCGAAUAUACCCAUGUCUUUGUUGAGAACCUUCUCAAUGAUGUUGGGUGAAUUGGAUUUUGUGGGUACUUAUGUCAAUACCUAUUAUCGUGAUCAAUUAAAGGUUCCUAUAACAUCGUUUUUAAUAUUAAGUGUAUUUAUGAUUUUCAUGCCGAUUUUGCUCAUGAAUCUACUUAUCGGUUUGGCGGUUGGUGAUAUUGAAUCGGUGCGUCGUAACGCCCAAUUAAAAAGAUUGGCAAUGCAGGUGGUUUUGCAUACCGAACUGGAGAGAAAAUUACCCCAAAUGUGGUUGCAAAAAAUUGAUAAAAUGGAAUGGAUUGAGUAUCCGAAUGAAACCAAAUCAAAAUUGGGCUUUUUCGAUUUUAUCUUAAGAAAAUGGUUUUCAAAUCCCUUUAGUGAGGAUACAUCCAUGGACGUUUUGCAAUUCGAAAACAACGAUGAUUUCAUCAACAGCGAGUUGGAGAAACAAAAACGUAAAUUACGCGACAUUAGUCGCAUUCUAGAGCAACAACACCAACUACUGCGCUUAAUAGUGCAAAAAAUGGAAAUUAAAACCGAAGCCGAUGACGUAGAUGAGGGUGUUUCACCCAAUGACCUGCGUAGCACGGGCAGCGGUGGCGGUACUACAAGCGGUUCACGCUGGACCUCACCACGCAUACGCAACAAAUUGCGAGCGGCCUUAAGUUUUAAUAAGGGCAUUUAGGAGAUAAGAAAGCGGCGGCUAAAUACUGCUAUUAUUAUUUAGUUUAGAUAGAAAGUUUAAAACUUGAUAUCUGCUGCAAAUACGUGUCGA